AAAAAAAAAAAAAAAAAAGUGAAUGCAACGUUAGUUAACCCACACUUUUCAGCCGGCCUCUAAUGUGAGUGCAAACGAAAUUGAAGAAUUUGUAAAGCUGAGGGUUUCAAACCAUUACCUCUUCUCUGGAAGGAGAAAUACUUCCAUGUGGGCAUGGAGGGCCAUCCUGAAACAUAUGGGCUUGCAACACAAGAUGACCCAUAGUCAAGCAUCCAAAAAGUGGGAAAACUUGAAGAAGAGAUACAAGGACCUAAAGAACCCUCCAGAUGGGGUGAAAGUGUUCCCUGAAACGUGGCCUUAUUUCAAUCUGUUAGACGACGCCAUGGAGGGUCGACUGAAAGGCAGCGCCCCCAUCCUCAAAGCCCUCCCCACCAAUGGCGAUUUCUUACCCAUCUACAAACCCAAGAAAAGGAAGGCAUCCAUGGUGAUAAACUCCCCUGUGCCUUCGUUAGCAGGCGGGCCAGAGAUCGAGGUUUCCCUGAACGGAGACGAGGAUGAGGAGGAGGCACAGGACGAGGGAAGCCAGGGAAUGGAUCAUACCAUGGAAGAAAUGGAGCACGACAGGAACACAAUGGACAGCGAAAGACAGGCGAUGGAGAGGGAGAAACGGGUGAUAGAGAGGGAGCGGCUGGUACUGCAGAGGGAGAGAGCUGUGCUGGACAGGGAAGUCGCUGCUCUGGACCGAGACCGAGUCUCGCUGGAGAGAGAGAGGGCGACAAUAGAGAGAGAAAAGGCAGGGAUGGAGAGGGAGAGGGCGAUGGUGGAGAGGGACAGAGACGCUGUGAGCAGGGAGCGGCUGGCUCUGGAGCGAGAGAAAGCCAGGCUGGAGAAAGUUAAAGAAAGGACUGAGGAGGUUACAGAAGAGAGCAGCAAGGUGAACCAUGCAGAUGUCUUGGACAGGAAGGAGAGAUUCCUCAACUUGUUUGAAAAACUUAUUGAAAAUUUUUGAUAGAUUUUUCUGCACAAAACCUUCCCAGAAGAAACUUUCUGAACAGUUUCCACCUUGGUUGCAUCUGCAUAUAAUUCAAAAUGCACAUUAUACUUCACCUAAGUUGUCAAUGAAAACGUUGAGCCACUCCUGGUUCGGAGAGGUCUUCAAAACAACUUUAUUCACUUGUGGUUAUUCCAUACAGAGCACACAAUAGCAAGCUAUUAGCAUUAUUCUUAACCCCAUUCACAAUCAAAAUAAACACCCCCCCCCCCCCUCCCAAAUCAAACAAUAGUCUUUAUUUGAUCGACUCUAGACAUUAGAGUCUUUGCUAUUGUGCACGGUUAAAACAUCACUUUUUGAAAUGUAAUUUACUAAAUAUUGCAGUUCAUGUAAAAAAUAUUUUUUCAGAAUAAUAUAUUUUUAUAUUACAAUACAGACUUUACAACAAAUGAUUGUGUUUAAAUGCGUCUUUUAUUGCAUUAGAUAGUCAAUUUACCUUUCAUUAAGCUCCAGCUUCAAUAAGUUUAUGCUAGUAUACAUUUCCAAAAGUGUUAGAUUUGUCAUUAAUAUUAAUAUUAUUUUUUUAUUUUUUACAAAACAAACAUAUUUAAACAAUAUUACUGGUUGUAUUUCUUUGCCAGUCAUGAAAAGACAAUUAAACAGACACAUACAUGCCAUUUGAGGGUUUUUAAUAAACUGAUUUCUCCAAAUAC